AUGCUAGCAGCGCGCGUCGGCGUCGCCGGACGCGGAGGGACGGCGAGGGGAGAGAGAGGCCACGCCCACCGCGGCGCUGGGCCCGCCUCCGCGUCCGCCCCCGCCACAAAAAGCGCGGGCAGCGCGCGCAGGGCCGGCGGCCGGCCGCCACACGCGUCCGUGCUGCAGCAGACCAUCAACAUCCAGCAGCACCUGCACCACCUGCACCUGCACCAGCACCACAGCGUCAUCCUCAGCGGCGCCGGCGCCGGCGCGCUCCCGGAGCUCGACCACCACGCCCAACAGCAGCAGCAACAGCAGCAGCAGCAACAGCCGGCGACGCAGCAGCAGCAGCAGCAGACGCAGGACAAGGAGCAACAGCCGCCGGCGAAGAAGGGCAACCCCGGCGUGCGGCGGCAGGAGAAGCCGCCCUACUCGUACAUCGCGCUGAUCGUGAUGGCCAUCCAGAGCUCGCCCGCCAAACGGCUCACGCUCAGCGAGAUCUACAGCUUCCUGCAGCAGCGUUUCCCCUUCUUCCGCGGCGCCUACCAGGGCUGGAAGAACUCGGUGCGCCACAACCUGUCGCUCAACGAGUGCUUCAUCAAGCUGCCCAAGGGGCUGGGCCGGCAGGGCAAGGGCCACUACUGGACCAUCGACCCCGCGUCCGAGUUCAUGUUCGAGGAGGGCUCGUUCCGGCGGCGGCCGCGCGGCUUCCGGCGCAAGUGCCAGGCGCUGCAGCAGCACCAGCAGCAGCAGCAGGCGUGCUCGGACCGCGAGGUGGCCGCCGCGUGGGCCAUGCAGGGCGGCGUGUUCGCCACGAGCGACGGCAACGCCUACAUGAAGCCGCCGCCGCUGAGCCCGCUGCCCGACCACCAGCCGCUGACGCCGCCCGCGCCGGGGCCCUCGCCGCACGACCCCUACGCCUCCUACCAGUACGCGCUGCAGGCCGCCGAGCACGUGCCUGCUGGAGAGCAGGGCCGGCAGAGAUUUGUGGCCGCCGCCGUCUGCGGCCGGGAGCGCUCGCCUCUAGUGGCGGUCGCCUGA